AUGAGGAUCUCGGAACUGCUCUGGGCGCUAUGGUUGGUGGGAGUAUGUUACUGCAACAACGAGAGCGAAACUAACCCAUUGUUGUUUGAUGCUGGAAUGACAAGAGACGAUUGUCUCUCUGUUCUUAACCUCAAAGCCAAGGCUGAUGCCAAAGUCAGCAAUCUUACCUAUGAUGGUGAACACGUAUGGUCCGGAGUAGGAAUUAUAUAUAAUUCAUUAUGCUCCUUUGUUACCAUCUACUUUGAUGACGAUCUCCCGUUGCUUAUUGUUAUAAAGAUUAAGGGUUUUUUUGGUCGGGAUUCUACAGUCUACAAGCACUAUGAUGGAAAGAAGUGGCAAAAUGGUAACGAGAAUGACCAUAAUAGUAGGCUGACCGUCCUGAAGGAGAAGUGUGAGUCUAACAGUGAAUCUGAAAAUCCCAUUUGUCUUGAAUGUUCUUCUUCCCAUCCUACCAAUGAAGCGUCUAGAGAGGAAUGUAAGUUUACUCCAAAACGUGAUCCAAAUGUCCUUGAUAUUUCCAACCCGGAUAACUCGGAGGUAAGAUUCAAGGCUGGUAAUAAAAACGGAGUUAAGUGUGAGAGUUAUUGUCCAAAGGAAGGUCAUUGUAUCUCUUCCGUUAUGGACGGUAGAAUUGCACUUUGGAUUGGUCUUGAGGGUGAAAGGUGUGAGUUUGUAACUUUGCUAUCAAAGGGUGAUUUGACUCUUUUAGCUCUAGAUAUUAAAGAUGGUGGUGAUACUGAUACUAGAUAUUUUGAAAAAAAUUACGAUGAAUGGGAUGAUCUCCCCGGUAACAAAUUUCAUUCUAUACUUUGUAUGAUGAUGGGAAUGUCUGGGCAAUCAUUUCAAUCCUACAAACAUUCCAAUCGCUCUCAUGUAUUUAUCACUUGCGCAGUAUUCAUUCUGACAUCCGUUACAGAAAUCGACCUUGAAAAGACCGUGGCUCUAUUUCAAUACUAUGACGAAGAUACGAAAUGUGCAAUUGUGUCUGAUCAAAACUUUGAGGAUAAGUCAAUUCCAAUGAGCCUAAUCGGAUGCUCUCAAGACCAUCUCGUCGCUGGAGAUGAGUUGAAUCUGCACUGCCAUGAGGAUGCUAUUGUCAAGAUUACACUACCAACUAGUGUACUGUCCAGGAUCAAGAAAAAGUAG